AUGUCACAACAACAAGGACCUUCUUCCACACCAGUCCCAUUAGGAGACUUAUCUAGAUUGAACAUACCAACAUUGCCAGGUGUGACCCCUCAACCACCUAAAGCUAAUGGAUUCUGGUCGUCGAACCCAGUUUUUUCGUAUUUGAACGAUGUUUACAUUACCAUCGGGGAACACCGUAAGUCUUUAGGAUUGACCAACCCUGGUACUAUUGAAAACUUGAACAAAGAGGUCAGUCGUGAUGUUUUUUUGACGCAAUACUUUUUCACCGGGUUGAGGGCAGAUUUGAAUAAGGCUUUCUCCAUGGCACCAGCAUUCCAAACAUCGCACACUUUAUCGAUCGGUUCGAACGUGUUACCACCAUAUGCAUUUUCUGCGUUGUAUGCUGCUGAAGACUACUUUGUGCAAGGUAACAUCGACAACGAUCUUUCGUUCAGUGGUAGAAUCAACUACGGGUGGGACAAACAUAAUAUUUCCAAGGUCACCUUGCAAUUAGCCAACGGUCAGCCAUCUAUGUGUCAAUUAGAACAAGACUACCAAGCGUCUGAUUUUUCGAUCAACUUGAAGACUUUGAACCCAUCUUUCUUGAACGGUGGUUUCAGUGGGGUUGCAGUCGGUUCUUUAUUACAAUCUUUGACUUCUAAGUUCGCCGUUGGUUUAGAGGCUAUGUAUUCCAAGCAAGCUGGUUCUGUUCCACCUGACAGUGCUGUUUCUUAUGUUGCUCGUUAUAAUGCUGGUAACUGGAUUGCUUCUGCUCAAUUACAAGCCCAAGGUGCUUUGAUUGCCUCAUUCUGGAGAAGAGUAACUGACAAGGUCGAAGCUGGUUUAGAAACACAAAUCGCUGCCACCAUGAGACCUGUCACCGACAGUUUAAUGGGAACUCCAAUUGGUUUCGAACCAGUUGUUGAAGGUCAAACCACCAUGGGUGCUAAGUACGAAUACCGUCAAUCCGUUUUCAGAGGUCAAGUAGACUCCACUGGUAAGGUUGGUGUCUUCAUGGAAAAGAGAGUCUUGCCAACUGUUUCUAUCUUAUUCUCCGGUGAAAUUGAUCAUUCCAAGAAUGCCUCUAAAUUAGGUUUAGGUUUACAAUUCGAAUCUGCUGGUAAUGAACAAUUAAUGAUGAUGCAACAAGGUUUAGUUGAUGCUAACGGUAACCCAGUCCCAGGUGCUGCUCAAUUAUAA